GAAAAUGGUUGACGAGUGGUUGACGAAGGAAAUCCUUGGACUGCUUUUUUCAUUGUAAUUCUUGUGUAAAUAAAAUUGUGGUGUUUAUUCAGUGAUAACUACUUAAAUGUGUAUAGUUUGUAUCUAUUAAAAUUAUAAUGUCAAAUAGCACAAUUGAAAGAAAACUAAAGGGAUUAGAAGAACGCUUUGAAAAGGAAAUGCGUAUCCACAGAGAGGAUGGCAUCCUCAAUCAAGGUGGACUUGGUUCCAGGCCCGGGAGCAGUCGGAGACCACGGCCUCCUGCUAUGUUCUCAAAUAGAGAGAUACCAGCAUUCCCACCGCGGUCACCGCAAGCUACAGAGACCGAACAUCGAAUGAGAGAAGUAUAUAAGGUUAGCGGCAAGUUAAAUGUGAAUGGAAAAGAAUAUCGUUCUCAUGUUGAUGAUCUACAGCAUUUGGGUGAGCUGGGCAGCGGCACUUGUGGACAUGUUGUGAAGAUGCUGCACAAGCCCUCCGAUACAGUUAUAGCAGUCAAGCAAAUGCGUCGUUCCGGCAACUCUGAAGAGACCAAGCGCAUACUCAUGGACUUGGACGUGGUGGUGAGGUCGCACGGGUGUCCGUACAUAGUGCGGUGUCUCGGCUGCUUCGUCACCGACGCUGACGUGUGGAUCUGCAUGGAGCUGAUGGCGUCUUGUUUUGACAAGCUACUUAAAAGAUUAGGAGCGCCCAUACCGGAGGCUAUAUUGGGGAAGGUCACUGUUGCGACGGUGAAGGCGUUGUCGUAUUUAAAAGACGAGCACGGCGUGAUCCACCGCGACGUGAAGCCGAGCAACAUCCUGCUGGACGAGUGCGGUAACGUGAAGCUCUGCGACUUCGGUAUCAGCGGCCGCCUGGUCGACUCCAAGGCGAAGACAAGGAGCGCCGGCUGCGCAGCUUAUAUGGCACCGGAGCGCAUCGAUCCGCCGGACCCCACGCGGCCUGAUUAUGACAUACGAGCGGACGUUUGGUCGCUGGGCAUCUCGCUCGUGGAACUAGCUACGGGCGUAUUCCCGUACAGAGACUGUCAGAACGACUUCGAGGUCCUCACCAGGGUAAUAGCAGAUGAUCCGCCUCAGUUGCCAGAUACCAGUGAUUUUUCACCAGAGUUCAAAUCGUUUGUAUCACAGUGCCUAACAAAGAACUAUCGACAUAGACCAAAGUACGUGAAACUUCUAGAACACCCUUUUGUAGUGAAUUCGUCGCGGAAUAACGUAUCGGUAGGCGCGUGGUACGCUUCGUUACCGUUGCCGGAGCAAGCGCGGCCGCAGCCGAGUGCGGGGUUGACGAGGAUAGACGGGGCGAGUAUGAGGAUAGAUGCCGCCAAUAUGAGGAUAGAGGGGGGGAUAGCGACACAGCCCGUGGAGGCGCCCUCCACCCCACAGCCUGUGAGAAAUUUCGUCACAAGCGCGCAUCAUUGGACGCCUGAACAAGCGACUCCUACUCCCGCAAGGGCGUGGUGGGCGGCGGGAGGCGCGGGGGGCAGCAGUUCCCAGCCAGCCAGUCUAGAGGCAGAUCUGUCUUCACACUCGCCUUACCCACGCCGGAGAACGUUCGAUACGUGCGCAUCCCCACCACCGCCUGUCAGAAGGGUCUCAGCAGACAGCAGGUGGCGAGCUUCACCACAGAGUUCUGGCAACACUAGUCCCAUAGUACUGCAGCGAUUUUACCAUCAAAACCAACAAAGGCGUUCCCGAGCUGAUCUACACGCCGCACCGAGACACAGAAGUUUAAGUAGAGAACACAGUACGGGACGGUCUCCGGAGCCGCCGCCCAGAACUAGCAGACAGCAUCAGAUGUUGGGACAUGAUAAUACACAUACACUCGCGAACGGAACCGCAGAUUCUGAACCGAGCUCGUUACACGAGAGGCUGCAUCCCGCGUCGCCCCUACUGCUCAAUAACGACAAGGGUUGCGAAGGCCGAAGUCAAAGUUUGACACGUGCUGAACUACGCAACGGAUUCCAUGCGGAACCGCCGCCGCCGAGGCUCCACCACGACGAUCAGGGUCAGUGCCCGCCACUACACUCGCAACACUCGACCACCAACACUCACUACACUCGUAACACUCGCGACACUCGCGCGCACACGCUCCAGUCGUUUCCAGAUAACAGCAUAGUCGCUAGCCUUAUUAGGAAGUAUGAAAUAAACACUAAAGGCUAGCGGAAAUUAAUAUUUCUGUACAAGAAGUGAUUAUUAUUAUUUAUUUCUAGUCAAUGGGAUGCUUUAAGGAAUAUACAUGGUUGAAUAAUUAACAGCACCACGUCGAAUAAAAAGUUAUCUGGGCGAUUUGCGUAUGCGCACGAUUCGGUUUAAACAGAAUUAAUUGAUAAAUGAACAAGUUACACAGACUUUUUAUCCAAUCACAACUGUAGCGAUUACAAUUUGAUUUGAUAUUGAAUUGUUGCGUCUAGUCAAUUAUGUUUAUGAUUAAUGUCAUACUGAUAAAAUUCGGCUAGAGUUGAGUUUUUAAUUCGACAGGAUUUUUCACAGAUUAAACGAAAUCGUGUGAGAUUAAAAAAUAUUACAGGUAAAGUCUAUAUUAUAGUUUUUUUUUAAAUACUAUCAAUAAUUAUUUCUCCAAAUGUACAGAGCACAUGCAAGCUUAACACGUGAAGCAAAUUUUAUAGCUGUUUUAGCGCGAUUGUGGUUGACCAAUUUCGUUUCGUCAGUUCGUUCAGUUUUACCCGAUUUAAACGAAUUUUAGGCAUUUGAAACAUGCUUGUAUAAAAACAGUAAAUAAAUCGAAGUUAACCGAAGUUUUAAUUUAUAAAUGACAAUAAAAAGCUAUUUUUGUUUGUACUGUCAAGUUAAAAAAAUAUUCAUUAUACUCUAUGAUUCAGUUACGAUAUAUCAUACGUAGGAAAUGUCGAUAAAUACUCGAAAAUAAUUUUCAUAUAAAGAUAUUUCGAUUAAAGUACACCAAGGCUUGUGUUUAUAUUUAGUUAUAUACCGGGAUUGGAACGGCUUAAAGGAUUCGCAUCCAAGUCCUUUUCAUUUGCAAACAAUAUUUUAUUUCGUGAUAUCAGUCUGCUCCGUCGAAUUACAAACUCUUCUAUAUUUGUAAGCAAUACAGAAAUGAAUACAUGUUGGUAACUGCAUUAUUUUCGGGUUCGAUUCCCGAAUGGGGGGAAUUUUCAGUUCCUAUUUUUCUUAGUAUACAAAAUUAUAAAAUCAUAUCCUAAAUUAAGACAAUAGUCGUCAAUAUUUGUAUAUGUAAACAAAGUGAUAUUGCCUCUAAAAUGUUGUUAUUGUUUUGAAAACAAAUAUUUAAACAAGUUAUUUAUUACUAAUGAUGGAUUGGUUCAGAAUAUUAAACUUUCAACUUUGAAAGAAGUUCCACUUCAAAAAUAGUAUAGAUUUUAAUUUUAUAUUUUAAUGUGUAAAAAGUCCAAAGUAGUUUCAAUUUUAAUUGUUCUGUGUAGAGUAUAUAUUUGUAUGACUAAGGAGGGCAGCCAGCCUAAGAACAGCAUAUGAGAUUAUUCGGAGACGCUGCGCUUGCCACUCGCGUCUCACCGCUGUAUACGUCACAAGGCCUGUGGAACGAUUAUGGCGAUGCUCCCAAACAUAAUGCAUAUACAUUAUAUAAACUGGCAUCUAAUAAAUAUGUUAAAUCUGGUAAAGAUCUAUAUCGAUUCUCUGAUCAAAUCUUUUAUUCGUAUCAAAUGAAAAGUUCAUAUUAUAAUCACGUGACAGCAGAUUUGAUUGAUAAAUGUAAGCGAGUUCCUGUAUUUUUGUUAAAUAAAACUAUUAUUACAAAAUACAAAAGGUUUUUAAUCACUAUAUAGAUUUAUUGUAAUUAAUGAAACUCAACAUCCAUUAGCAUGAGAUAAUGUUUUGACGUUGUGUUUUACUUACUUUGAUCGUUCAUCUAACCACAAUCGUUCCACAAAAUCAUCUCCCGUAUCAUACGAUCAUGUCUUCUGUGUUUCACGUUCCCCCUUCCACUGUAAAUGUCGAAACAAUGGAGCCUUUCCAUAGACAAAAUGGGAGCUUUAGACGCGUAUCCUGUGCGCUUCGCAGAUACUCUGCUUCGCUCGACUGAACACGAACCGAGUAUAAAAAAUGAACUGUAGAUACUCUAUCGCUGUAAAUGAAUCACUCUGUGAGCUACAACUAACACCACGUGUGCAGCAACGACGAAUCAAACGUAACAUUUGAAAUAUCACACUUAUCACAAUGACAUAAAGCAUCGAAUAUGUUACGUUUGGUAUGUCGUUCGAUGCUUUUUAAACUCUUCUCAAAUUGUUGUUGUAUUACAGACUGUUCGUGAACAUAUUAUAUGUGUAUUUUUGUCAUGUAUUGGCGACAUAUUUGAUCCAAUAUUAAACUGUUCAUGAGUUGUUCGCUUUCUCGUGAAUUUUGUUUGUCAUCGAUAAGUUUGUAUUGGUUUUGUUUGUCAAAUGUUUGCGCCAAUUCAUCACCUAUGCUUUGCCGCUGUCCCUCACACGCCCCACCAUCGCCUGCCCAUUGUCGCCUUGUCACAUGCCUCACUACACUAAACAUGACUCUAAGACGCCAUUUGGGUUCGUGGGGCAAACAUUUAGCCUGAUGCUAUUAGCAGAAUAUUUUUAGUCGUAUUUGCUUUCUAUAAAUAUAGAAUUUGUAUUUCUAUUCGCUUAAGGAUCAAUAUUAAAUUGUUUUGUACUUAUUCUUAUAUUUUCCUUAUUAUAAUGAAAUAUAGGACAAUAAAUAAUAGUAUUGGGUAAAUGGUUAAGGCUUGUAGUAGCCAGGUGUGACCGGGGCGCUCAUUACCAUACCAUCACACGGUGUCGCUUCGCUGUCUCCCUCUAACAUUAACGGCCAGGCAUAUGACUCGAACGUGUCGUUUCUUCGGUUCUUAUUACACGGGAACGCCUUAUAAUGGCGUGGACUGUAAAUAUAAAGACGACGUAUUUAAUAAAUUUGUAACUUUCUUAUCAUUUUGUUUAUUUUUUUCGUAUAGUUAUCACAGUAUUUUCGAAACUAUCACAUUUGGAUGUAUAUAUAGAGCAAGUUAUCGAAUCGGCACACGUUUCCAUAAAUCUUACAAUUUUUUUUUAAUCGAUGUCGAUUAAAAGUUAUACAGUAAACUUGCAGAGUUAUUAGUCUAGUUUCCGAUAUCUGAAAAACAAACCGUACAAGUGUCAUGUUAUUAUUUUUCGUAGAAAGUAAAAGAAGUUUUGUAACGAGAUUAGAGAGAAAAUACUCCUUAUUAUA